AAAACUGGCCGCUUUCUCUCUCUCCCUCGCCUCAGCUGUGAGAGCGCAGCGCGACCGCGCAGCUCAGAGACUCAGAUACUUCCUUAAUUUCUCAAUUCCGCCACCCACUUUUAUCCAAUUAUCCCCCAAACUUAAGUUAGCAGAACAGCCGGUCACCGGCAAUGCCGGAAUUCCGGCGAGACCGGUGGCGCUGAGUUCGAUCGCCAUCUUCUACACGCCAUGCCUACGCUCCUCCUCCGUCGGCUUCUUUUCCUCUUCCUCACUUCAUUCCUCCCCACUUUCGCCGUCGGGCAAAACCUCAGCUCCGCCGUGGAUCUCGCGGCACUCUUUCGUCUUCGCGCUUCGUUGGGUCUGCGCGCGCGAGACUGGCCCCGUCGGGCCGACCCUUGCUCCUCAUGGGCAGGCGUCGGCUGCGACAAGAGCGGGCGGGUCGUUUCUCUCAACCUCUACGGUCUCCGGCGGACGCGGCUCGGCCGCCGGAACCCUCGAUUCGCGGUUGAAGGUAUCCAGAACCUGACACGCCUGGUUUCUUUCAACGCCACCGGGUUCACUCUCCCCGGCUCCAUUCCGAACUGGUUCGGAAGCCGGCUCCCCCCAUCUAUCGCCGUUAUUGAUCUCCAUCGCGCCUCGGUCUCCGGGGACAUACCUUAUAUUCUCGCAGGCGGUCUCACCGUGCUUUCUCUCGCUGAGAACUCCAUCACCGGUAACAUACCCCCAACCAUCGGCCAAUUGAGAAACCUCUCAGUCCUCGACCUCUCUCGAAACGCGCUCUCUGGCAAUAUCCCUGUGGCGCUCAUCGGCCUCGGCAGUCUCUCGUAUCUUGACUUGUCCUCCAAUUUCCUCACCGGUACUGUGCCUUCGGAGAUAGGAGCUUUGCGGCAGCUGAAAACUCUAAUUCUCGCCAAUAACAGUCUCACUGGCUCCAUUCCUCGGGAGCUAGGCAACCUCUCUUCCCUCGUCACCCUCGAUCUCGGGUUCAAUUCUUUGUCCGGUACAUUGUCUCGUGGAUUGAACAAGCUCAGGAGCUUGCGUAAUCUAAACUUGGGUAGCAACUUAUUCAGUGGCUCUAUAGGGGUUCGCCUCUUCUCCAGUAUAAAACAGCUUGAGUUAAUCACAUUGAGCCGGAACAACUUGUCUGGCGAGCUCCCCGAUUCAUUGUGGUCUUUAUCGAAGUUGCGAUUUCUUGAUGUCGCCUACAACAACUUUACGGGCAGUCUGCCGAAGCUUUCAGUGAUCAAAGCCAAUGGCUCCAGCGGUGGUUCAUUUAAUGUAUCUCAUAAUCUCUUGUAUGGUUCUAUUUCUUCUGGUUUUGCAAUCCUGCUUUCUACUUUUAAUUAUGUGGAUCUAUCAGAUAAUUACUUGCAAGGUUCUGUGCCUCACAAUAGUGCUAGCAGUAAUUUAUCUGUUAAAUCAAAUUGCUUUCAGAAUGCCUCGAACCAAAGAAGCCAGGCUGAUUGUCAGGAGUUCUAUAAGGAGAGAGGGAUAACCUAUGAUGGGUCUGGGAAUCCAAUUUCGCCUCCCCCUAGCUCAAGCUCCAGCUCAUCCAAAAGCAAGAACACUUGGAAGUAUAUUGUGGCAGCAGUUGUUGGAGGAACGGCCCUCCUAGUGUUUGUAGUAAUUUGUCUGUUGCUGUAUUUUUGUUGGCGCAGAAGCCAUUCAUCUGAUCAGAGGGAGGUGACUCCGGAUGCUGCUCCAUCUGCCCCCGAAGGAGGCAAGGAACCACUUCCUUCAGUUGGUGUCAACUUGCCAGCAGUGGGAGAGGUAUUCACAUUUGUGCAGUUGGCACAUGCAACCUCGGAUUUUGGUGAGGGGAACCUAAUCAAACAUGGGAAGUCAGGAGAUAUCUACCAGGGAGUUUUGGAAAAUGGGAAUCAUGUGGUCGUGAAGAGAAUAGACAUGAACAGUGUCAAUAAGGAAGCUUAUCAGGUGGAAUUGAAUUUCUUUGCCAGAUUUUCUCAUGAGAGAUUUGCUCCUUUUGUGGGACAUUGUAUGGAGAAUGAGAAUGAGAGAUUUCUUGUUUAUAAACAAAUGCCUCAUCGUGAUUUAGCUAAUGCACUUUAUAGAAAGGCAGCGCAGGAAGAUGAGGGCUUACAGUCUCUGGAUUGGAUAACCAGGUUGAAGAUUGCAACAGGAGCGGCGGAGGCUCUCUGUUACCUCCAUCAUGAGUGCGAACCACCAUUGGUUCAUAGAGAUAUUCAAGCAAGCAGUAUCCUUCUCGAUGAUAAAUUUGAAGUGCGUCUUGGAAGCUUGAGCAAUGUAUGUGAUCAAGAAGGAGAUAGCCACCAAAAUGUCAUUUCUCGGCUUUUGCGAUUGUCACAGACAUCUGAGCAAAUUUCCACUGGGCUCCCGCCAGCGUCUUGGUCCUACGAUGUAUAUUGCUUUGGUAAGGUUUUGCUGGAGUUGGUCACAGGCAGACUUGGUCUCAGUGGCUCAAACGAUCCCACCACAAAUGAAUGGCUCGAUCACACAUUACGCUUUGUAAACAUAUGUGAGAAGGAGCUUGUGACCAAAAUAGUUGACCCCUCGCUGAUCGUCGAUGAGGACCUCAUUGAGGAGGUAUGGGCAAUGGCGAUUGUGGCCAAGUCCUGUCUGAAUCCCAAACCCUUGAAACGGCCCCUAAUGAGAUACAUUUUAAAAGCAUUGGAGAAUCCUUUGAAGGUGGUUAGAGAUGACAACAAUUCAGACUCGGCAAGAUUAAAAGCUACUUCAUCAAGAGGCUUGUGGAAUGCAGCUUUCUUUGGAAGCUGGCGACAAAGUUCGUCGGAUAUUCCUUCGGUUUCAGUGCUGGCGAGGGAAGAUAGGUCUUUGAGGCGGUCGGGUACGAUGAGAUCGCAAGGGAGUGGCGGAGAGCAUUCUUUCUCCGGUCGGAGGUCUUCGAAGGAGAUCUGCCCGGAGCCGCCUGAUGGUGAUGAUUGAGGCAACUUUUAACAUAUUCUUUAUAAUAUUGUGAUUCAUUGCAGGCUCCCUAUUCGUGUGCCUGUCACGCUUCAGACCUCAAAGGAGAGGUGGUAAAUGGUUCAGUAUGAGAUUUGUUCAUUAUCGCAUGAUACGUCCCCUGUGGAAAUGGUAGUUAAAGAAAGGUGUGAUCUCGGAACUUUUAUUUGCUCUGGUCACCUGAAGAAGUUAUAUAUAUUCGGAUCCCAGUAAAAUAGUGACAGGUGUUCUCACUAUUUACCGCGCGGCCCGACAACCCCAACCUGAAACGAGAUUGCUAUGUUUGCGUG